AUGGAGCAGUCACAGUGUGACAGUGGAGAUCGCAGCGGCCGAGCCCACCUGGCCCCGGGGCUGGUGGUGGCGGGGCCGCCGGCCGGGUCGCCCGCGUUGCCCGUGCCCCCGGGGAUACCGGUUCCUCCAACUUUCCUGCGGCCGCCCAGCCUCUUCCUGCGGGCAGCCGCCGCCGCCGCUGCAGUAACCACUGGAAGCGGAGGCUGCCCGCCGGCUCCAGGUCUGGAGAGAGGGGUGGGCGUGGUGGGCUGCGGCUACCCACGGACACCCAAGUGCGCCCGUUGUCGCAACCAUGGCGUGGUGUCGGCGCUCAAGGGCCACAAGCGCUUCUGCCGCUGGCGGGACUGCGCUUGUGCCAAGUGCACCCUGAUAGCCGAGCGCCAGCGCGUUAUGGCUGCCCAGGUGGCGCUGCGCAGGCAGCAGGCCCAGGAGGAGAGCGAGGCCCGGGGACUGCAGAGGCUCCUAUACACGGGACCCUCGGGGCCCGGGAGUCGCGCCCCGGGUGGCAGCAGGCCCGAGAAUCCGCAGGCUUCCAGCGGCCGUGCUGCGGAGGCGGCGACUGCGCUGGGACUGAGUGCCCUGAGACCGGCGAGUGCCCUGGCAACCCCUGCUUUCGACGUUUUCCAGGCAGAUUACACUGAAGAAAAACAAGAACAAAAAGAGAGUAAAUGUGACUCGUGCCAGAGUAUACAAGAAGAAUUGGUCUCCAAAUCACAUCAACUUACCCUGGGAUCAUCUCCUGAGUCUAAUGGUAUCAUUGGAAAACAAAAUGUCAGGUCAUCUAUUUCAGAAAACUCGAACAAGGAUGAUAGCAUUCUGUCUCCUCACCCUGGGGAGCAGUCAGGAGGUGAAGAGAGCCCCAGGUCUUUAUCCUCCUCUGACCUGGAGUCAGGAAAUGAGAGUGAGUGGGUCAAAGACUUCACAGCCAGCAGAGGCAGCCUUCCCACAGCAUCCUCCAGACCAAGAGACCCGCUUGAUAUCCUAACCAAGAUUUUCCCAAGUUACAGGCGCAGCCGGCUAGAAGGCAUUUUGCAGUUUUGCAAAGGGGAUGUGGUCCAAGCCAUCGAACAGGUUCUCAAUGGCAGAGAGCACCGAAAAGGCGCCAGGGACCUACCAAGCUCAGGAGAACUGGAAAACACAGCUUUUCAGAGAGUUUCCAAUUUUAAUUUAGCUGGAAUUGGUUUUGGAACUCUAGGGAAUAAAUCAGCCUUUUCUCCUCUUCAAACCACUUCAACUUCUUAUGGAGGUGAUUCAAGUCUAUACAGUUUAAAUCCUAGACUAGGUAUCAGUCCACUACGGCUGGCAUAUUCUUCUCCAGGAAGAGGGCUAUCUGGUUUUAUAUCUCCCUACCUCACUCCUGGGUUGGUACCAGCUUUGCCAUUUCGGCCAGCUUUGGAUUAUGCCUUUUCGGGGAUGAUUAGGGAUUCUUCCUACAUUUCCAGUAAAGACUCAUUAAUUGGUGGCAGACUAUAUUCCCGACCAAAUCAAGACAAUCUGUAAUGUAUCUGCCCAUUCUCUCUUCUGGAAUAUUAUUAGAGGCAUGCACUACAGACCCCUUCCCCACACCCUCACCCCCACAUUUGUU